AUGUGGGACCGACGAACGGGCGAGCCAGUAUCCAAUGCAAUCGUCUGGCAGUGCCGCCGGACCGCUGAGCUGUGCGACGACCUGAAGUUGCGCGGCUACGAGGAUGCAGUAAGGCGGAAAACAGGCUUGCCCAUAGACGCCUACUUCACCGGAACCAAGAUCCGCUGGCUCCUGGAUGAGAUUCCCAAUGGUCAGCGUCGCGCCGAGGAUGGCAAACUAGCCUGCGGGACCGUCGACUCCUGGCUGUUAUGGAACUUCACCAACAAGCUGGUACAUGCCACAGACGUCACAACGCCAGCCGGACCAUGCUCUUCAACAUCGAUUCCUUCGAUUGGGAUGAUGACCUUCUUUCAAUGCUCGACGUGCCGAGAGCUAUCCUUCCGAAGUCAGAUCUUCCAGCGAGAUCUACGGUCAUGUCGCAGGCUAUCUCUCGGCCGGGCAACCCGUCCGAUCGCCGGCGUAGCUGGUGACCAGCACGCUUCCCUGUUCGGCCAGUGUUGCUUCGAGUCCGGUUCCGCGAAGAAUACCUAUGGCACUGGCUGUUUUGUUCUCGCGAAUACGGGCCGAAAUCGUGUGGACUCGACCGCUGGACUUAUUACCACGGUUGGCUGGGCUAUUGGAGACGAGACCGUCUAUGCGCUGGAGGGUAGCGUCUUCUCGGCGGGCGCAACGGUCCAGUGGCUCCGCGAUGAGUUAGGGAUUAUCGGCACCUCAGCAGAGUCCGAGAGUCUGGCGUCGCAGGUUGCGGACAACGGCGGCGUGUACCUGGUACCCGCGUUCUCCGGCCUCGGUGCUCCAUACUGGGACAUGUACGCCCGCGCCGCCAUCGUCGGUCUGACGCGCGGUUCGACAGCAGCCCACGUUGCUCGGGCGGCCCUGGAGUCGAUUGCUUACCAGACCCGGGACAUUCUGGACGCGAUGAGACAGGACACCGGCGCGUCGCUCUCGUCCCUCCGUGUGGAUGGCGGAGCGACAGACAAUCGUCUGCUCAUGCAGUUCCAGUCCGAUUUGCUUGGAGUGCCGGUCCUGCGGUCCGCCGUCAGAGAGACCACAGCGCUUGGCGCUGGAUACCUGGCUGGUCUUGGUGUCGGGUUCUGGGACAGGCCGAAUGACAUCGAGGGUCUUUGGCAGGCCGACGAGACGUUCCACCCCGCCAUGAGCGACGACCGGCGCGAGAAUCUCUACGGCGAUUGGCGCAGGGCCGUUGACAGGUCCAGGAACUGGGCCUCGUAG